GAGGAGCGGAAGUCGUCAACAGAGGAGCGGCGGCUCGCGGCGCAGUGGCUUCAGGUUAUAGCCGAGACAGAGAAGCGAGGAGGGGACCAGGUGUAACUGCAGAGACCGGACACGGUUCCUCUUAGCACCUGCCAGAAGCCGCCCUGCAGUGCAGGGCCACAGCUUGUGGUGGAUGACAGUUAAUAGUUACAGCAAACAUCUGGUAGCAGCUGUCUUUCCCCACCUGUGCUUCAAGUCUUCCCAGUGACACCAUAAAUCGUUGCAUCCUCUUGAGAGAAGACAUGCCUAAAGUGAAAAGAAGCCGGAAAGCUCCUCCGGAUGGCUGGGAGCUGAUCGAGCCAACCCUGGAUGAGUUAGAUCAGAAGAUGAGAGAAGCUGAGACAGAACCCCACGAGGGCAAGAGGAAAGUGGAGUCGCUGUGGCCUAUCUUCAGGAUCCACCACCAGAAAACCCGCUACAUCUUCGACCUCUUUUUCAAGCGGAAAGCCAUCAGCAGAGAACUCUACGAAUACUGUAUUAAAGAAGGCUACGCAGACAAAAACCUUAUUGCAAAAUGGAAGAAACAAGGCUAUGAGAAUUUAUGCUGCCUGCGGUGCAUCCAGACACGGGACACCAAUUUUGGAACAAAUUGCAUUUGCCGGGUUCCCAAAAGCAAGCUGGAAGUGGGCCGCAUCAUUGAGUGCACGCACUGUGGCUGCCGGGGCUGCUCUGGCUGAGCCCCUUGGACUCGCACCCUUCCCUGCCUUGGAUUCUACGGCUUCCUGCCUUUGGAAAAACCCACUUGGCUGGGAGCAGCUCUUCUGCCAGAGCAGUGCCCCGUGCCAGGGUGGAGUGUAGCCUCUGCACAUGAGGUAUUCAUCAGCUUUGAUUUGUAAAAAUAAAACUUUUAAAUCUCUUGGA